CGACAAUUGCAGUAAAGUGGCCGUAGUUUGUAAAUAUACUAGGUAGUGGUAACUUAUCAGUCAAAUUUCAAAGUGCAUCAAGAUGGCUCUGCUUUUGAAAAAAAUGUUUCAAGGAUAUUUUUGGUUAUUUUCUGAAAAACCUGAUCCACGAUGUGAUGGUUUUUUUCUAAUGUCGUCUCCACUACAACCCAUUAUCAUAGGUGUAGGAUAUUUGUACUUAAUUUACAAAUUCUUACCGAAAUUUAUGGAAAAACGACCACCUUUUAAACUAGACAGUGUACUGAUCGUGUUCAAUUUGAUCCAGGUUUUUAUAAAUGCGUACAUAUGUUUCUAUGCUGGGUUGGAAACUUUGAAACUUAAUUGGUUGUGUGCUCCCAUUGAUUAUUCCAUAACACCGCAUAAUAUGUUUGUUAUGAGACUGGUUUACUUAUAUUUUUUGACAAAAAUUGCAGAUCUAAUGGAUACGAUAUUUUUUCUACUUCGCGGAAAAACCAAUCAAGUCUCGUUUCUCCACGUUUACCACCAUUUCGGAAUGAUUGGACUAAGUUGGACUGGAGUUAAAUUUAUGGGAGGUGGGCAUAGUAUAUUUUUGGGGUUUGUUAACACUUUUGUUCAUACUGUUAUGUACUUUUAUUACUUGUUGACUAUCUGGAAGCCAGAAUAUAAGAGUAAUAUUUGGUGGAAGAAACACAUAACUCAUCUACAGCUUAUACAAUUUGUUUUCUUUUUGUUUAUAUAUGGACAACUGUUAUUUAAACCUGACUGCGCUUAUCCGAAAAUUGUUUCUUACAUGGUGGUGCCUCAGAGUCUAUUUAUGAUUGCACUCUUCAGCGACUUUUAUUGGAAAGCUUAUAUCAGACCAAAGAAAAGUUCAAAACUUGCUGUGAGUUAGGUCUUGAUAGUAUAAUUUUCUAUUUCUAUAAAUUUUUUACAAUAAACUUAAAAAAAAACAA